AUGUCUGCCCAAGGUGGAGGGGCGACUUCUGUAGAAGUAGCACUCAGAAUUAAACCACUUACGCCCGAAGAUUUGGAAAAACUACCAGCAAGAUUUCAGCGUCAAGUUAUAUCCGCAUCAGACAAGCCAGGACAAGUGAUAGUCGAGGCGGACAAGAGAACGAUAUUUCAGUUUGAUCAUAUUUUUGGUCCAGAAGAUGGGCAAGAAGUAGUUUAUGAGAAAGCCGUAUUAAAUUUGCUGGAAAAUUUUUUGGAAGGUUACAAUGUAACAAUUCUAGCAUAUGGCCAAACCUCGUCGGGGAAAACGUAUACGAUGGGCACGGCCGAUAACGAAUCCGUACCUUUGGAAUUAAAGGGAAUAAUUCCUCGUACAAUGGCCACUCUCUUCGAUUUGAUCAAUUCGAACCCGAAUAAAUCUGUUGUGACUGUUUCUUUCAUCGAAAUUUACAACGAAGAUUUAAUCGACCUUCUUGGAGAAGGGCAAAUAGAAGAGAGGCCAUUGGUACAGAUUCGUGAAGAUUCGAAAGGAAAUAUUUAUUGGGCGGGGUUGAAAGAAAUCAAGGUUACGAAUGUUCACGAAGUGAUGGAACAUUUAUCACGCGGAUCAUUAAACAGGCAAGUUGGCGAGACAGACAUGAAUGCCAAGUCUUCUAGGUCACAUGCUAUUUUUUCGGUCUCUAUGGUACAACAGAAAUUCCUACCUCACGGUACCACGGGUCCACCAGCAACACCGCCGCCUGGUUCCAGGCCCGUAACUCCUAAAUUUUCAAGUCGUCCACCUUCAAGAGCAGCUUCAGCUUUAGGUAAAACUGACGAUGGUGAGUGGGUGACUGUAACUAGCAAAUUUCAUUUUGUCGAUCUUGCGGGAAGCGAAAGGUUAAAACGCACCGCGGCAAGUGGUGAUCGUGCAAAAGAAGGAAUAUCUAUAAACUCUGGUUUACUUGCAUUAGCAAACGUUAUAUCAGCUCUAGGAGAUCAGAAGCAUGCAACGCAUGUUCCGUAUAGGGAUUCAAAGCUUACUCGUCUUUUGCAAGAUUCUCUUGGUGGAAAUGCACAAACAUUAAUGAUUGCGUGUGUAUCACCAGCCGAGUUCAAUCUCACUGAAACAUUAAACACUUUAAAGUACGCGAGUCGUGCUCGUAGAGUCAAGAACAUGGCCGCGAUAAACCAAGAAGAGUCCGGAUGGAACGAUGUGGGAUAUUUACAAGGUUUAGUGACAAAGCUUCGCACAGAAAUAUCGACUCUAAAAUCCACCAUUUCUUAUGGGCAUCACCAACUUCAACCCAAUGAAAGUGCUAUUCCCGGACAAGUUACACCGACCACACCAACUAUGUCAACUUUUGCUAACGGAAUUAAGCUUACAGGAAGGAGCACUCCAACUGGUAGAAGCACUCCAACUGGUAGAAAUACUCCAACUCCCGGGAUUCCUGGAAGAAUUACUCCAACUUCUGGUAUUCCGAUUCCCGGAAGAAAUACACCAACUUCUGGAAUCCCUGUAGCUGGAAGAAUUACGCCAACCUCUGGAAUCCCGGUUCCUGGAAGAAUCACGCCGGCUUCGGGGAUUCCAGUUCCCGGAAGAAAUACAUCGGCAUCAGGAAUUCCAACUAAAAAUGCUUCAUCAAACAUUGCCAAUGGUAGAGAGACGCCGCUUCGCAGGAGACCUUCCUCGCCUUUGUCCCCUUUCACGUAUGGUGGUAAUUCACAGUUGUUCAAAGAUAGAGAAAUUGAGGCAUUGGAAGAAGAACUAUGGUACCUCCAACAAUCAUUCGCGGAAUUAUCUCAGAAAUAUGCAAUGACGUCUGCACAGUUAGCGAUGCAUCAGGAUAAUGAGAUGGAAAUGUUGAGAAACGAACCAAGGAUCGAAGAAUACAAGGAAAAGAUAUCCUCACUUGAGAAUAAACUUACAGCUGUUAGCAAAGCUCUCAUUCAGUCGGAGAACUCGCUGAAGGAAAAAGAAAUCCAAAUAAAGAACUCCGAAGAACAGAAUAAAACAAAUGUAGUUAAUCUUGAGGGUCAAAUUAAUGACCUUGAAUCAAAACUUCAAGAGCGAGAAAUUGAGGCUCGUUUAAAGGUGACACGUGAAAAUUUACCUGAAACAUUCGUCAGCGAAACUGUUAAACUGUUGGAGAAACGUCUGGAAGAGAGAGAGGCGGCAUACGAAGAUCUAGAGGCAAAAUAUAAAAAGGUCAGCAUGAGCGAAAUCAAGACUCCAAUAAUAAAUGAUUAUGAUCAUAUAGAAGUUGAAGAGUUGAAUGGCGUGAUCAAAGCUGAGCGGUGCAUCGACGCAGAUUCUACAGGUUCCGCUUCUGCUUCUACCAGUUCGGAUAUUCACCAUGAUAUUGAGAAAGAACUUUCAGAGUUGAAAAAAGUUCACAAUUCAACUGUCGAACAAUUCAACGAACUAAAGAUUAAACAACAAGAAUAUAUUGAUCAGAUCGAAGAAUUAAAAUCACAACGUGAAAAGUAUAGCGUUGAAAUUAACGAUUCACGCCUCGUUGAAAUGGAAAGCAAGUUGGAAGAGUCGAAAAAGGAACACGAAAAAUCGGUUCUAGAGCUUCAGGAGAUAACCUCCAAAUACAAGAACUGUCUUCAGCGUGUUCAAGACCUCGAGAUGCAACUUGAAAGCCACGUUUAUCACAAAGCGAUAGAUGAGUUACGCUCAAAUUCAUCGACACCGAUGACUCCAAUGACUCCAGGAACUCCGUACAUACAACAAAAGGAUGAAGACUCUAGCACGAUAUCUUCUUACCCUCGACCUAACGCCCACAGGAAAUCAAAAUCAUUAUCCAUUGACAUAGUAGGCGCGGAAAAACGUGAUGUUAUACACUCUUCGAUUGUUGAAAAAUUACAAUUCGAGCUUCAGCUUUUUGAGUCAUUUCACAAAGAUAAGACUGAAAGUUUAAAUAAUGUGAAGGAGGAGUUGGAAAAGUUGGAAAAGAAUCAUUUCGAAACUCUCUUAAUGGUGGACGAACUUCGUGAAGAAAUCAGAAGACGUGAUGCCGAGGUUGAACUUAAGAAUGGUAACAGCAUGUUAAUGUUGCGAUCUCAAGAACCACAGCAAAUCAUGGAUCAUAAAUUAGAUAACGAUAAGAUAAAGAUGGAUGUAGACAGUAGCAAGCAUACGUAUGAAAAACGAAUCAAUGAAUUGGAAGAAGAACUAGGGAAGUUUAAAGACUUAUCUACGAAUUCACAUGACGAGAAAGUGUUCACAGACCUUAGAGAUAAUGUGACUAAACUACAGUCGGAAAUUGAAAAAAUGCGAAUGUCAUGUAAUGAACACGAGAGUACUAUACAACGUCUCGAAAGUGAGCUUAGGACAACCAGGAAAACUGUCGCUCAAGAAAAUAAUAACGGGUUGUCAACCACCGCAGAACCCGUUGUAAAUAUCACGGACUCUAUUGAAGAAGGUUCUUCGGCGGAUAAACUUGAACAAAACGUUGAUGAAAAUGUUGUAGCUUUGGAGGAUACAGUGAAGAAUCUUGAGGCUCGGUUAACCAAAGCUCAAGAAUCAAGUUAUACCAAAUCACGAGGUUUAAUAUCAAAUCCUGGCAUCUUUGAUCACGCACAGAAAAUAGUUAACACUCUUCAAUCUCAUCUUUCUGAAUUGCAUCAAGAAUUCUCGAACAGUUCUGAAGCAUUGCAAGUUCUAGAUAAUUCUAAGGAUUUGACGAGCACGCUACAUUCACAACUCGAAUCUAUUCAAUCUGACUUCCAGCAGAAGGAUAAAUUAAUUGAGUCACUAAAACGAGAUUUACCGGAGCAACCUAGUUCACCAACAGAGAAAAGGGAAAAAGAAGUUGAAAUUGCUGAAUUAACGAAAAAAUUGGAAGACAUUAUGAGUCAGAAUAAUGAAAUGAAGAAACAGAUUCAAAUUCUCCAGGCUCAAGUUGAUCUUGAAGAAUUAAACUCCUUGAGAGAAGAAUUAACCGUUUUAAAGGAAAUAGAAUCUCAGCAGAGGAACACGAUUGUACAAUUACAAAAUCAACUUCAAGAAACCAAAGACUCUAAAGAUUCAAUAACUAACCAAUGGGAAAGUAUGAGAGAAAGUUUUCGAGCUCAAACAACCACACUUGAAGGAAACUUACAAACGAUGAUGGAAGAAUUGAACUCGACUAAAGAAAAUUAUGCUACAGGUGAAGAGAAAAUUAACGAGCUAUCGAAAAUUUUAGCAACUACCAUGGAACAACGAAAUGAAUAUGAGAACAAGAUUCAAUCCUUGGAGAACGAGAUUAGAGAAUUGGAGUCAAAGAAAACUUAUAGCGUCGAAGAUUUCGAGUCACUUCACAAGCAAUUGAUGAACACUAAACACGAGAUGGAUAAACGGAACGACCUUUUUGUUGAAUUAGAAAGCAAAUUAAAAGAAAUAGAGCAGGAAAGAGAUGGUUAUUCCGAAAUUAAUAAAGAACUUAAUGACAUGAUCACAGGAAAAGAUGUUCAACACGAAGAAACCACAAAUACACUCAAGGUCUCAAUAAAAAAUCUACAAGAAGAGCUUGAAGAAGCCAAAAAAAACGCGCAAAUGCAUCAGGAAUCUAUGAGUAAUCUUAGCGAGAAACUGAUUUCUAUGAUCUCACAACUUGAAGAAGUUACAGCAUCGGAUGAAAGAAAGACCUUAGAAAUAGAAGAAUACAAAACCGUUUUAAGAGAAGCAAACUUUUCAAUAUCAGAGAAAGUACAAAUGAUCAUCAAGAAGGAUACGACCAUUGAAGAACUAGAAACAGCGCUUCAAUCGAUCCAAGAAGAGAGCUCAUCGACCAUGGCGGUAGAAUCUGCUCGCAUUAAGGAACUCCAAGAUCAAUUAGAGGAAAUUGAAAAAAAAUUCCAAUCAGCACCAACCAACGAAGAACUUGAUAUUGCCAAGAGUUUGGCCGCACAGAAAGCCGACCUUGCUAAAGAGCUGGAAGAAAAACUUAGAGAAAUUGAAAACGACAAAUCUGCCGAAUUAGAAGGACUUUAUUCUAAUAUUGACAAAUUAAUGAAUGAGUUAGAAGGUGCUAAAGUUCGAGAGUCUGCGCAAUCAGGAUCGAUCAAGGAAUUAAAGGAUGCAUUGGCAGAAAAAGAAAGUAGAUUGAAAGAAUUAGAUAUCUCAUUGAAUGAGAUGCAAACGCAACUUGAUCAAAUGAAAAAAUCGGAAAUCGAACACGUAGAACUAAUUCAAACUAAGGAAUCCGAACUACAGAAAGUUCAGAAGAACCUUGACGAUGAAGUUUCCAAAUUAAUAAUUUCCAACGAAGAGGUUGAGACACUCAAAGAGCAACUCGAAACACUACAGAACGAAAUGGAAACUGCAAAAAAUGAAACAGUCGUUAACAAAAAUAUGGCUAUCGAAAGUCAAUCAUUACUGGAAGAAACUCGAAAUCAACUUAUUCAAACUCAAAAGGAAUCACAGAUUUAUCAAGAAAAUGUCGAGGAAUUAAGAAAAAAAGCUAUUCAACUAGAGAACGAAAAGAAUUCUUACACUUUAUCUAAUGAAAAGCUUGAAGAACAAAUCAAAAGAUUGGAAGACGAAAUAGAUACUUUGGCCGUUGAAUUUACCGAUGUAUCUGCCAGAUAUGAGGAGACGGUAAUUCAUCUAGAAGAGAAAACGAAACGGAUCAACGAGCUAGAAUCAGCUCUUGAAGAUACUGUCAAGAAUGAAGUCAAUAAUAUCGAAUCUGUUGCUAAUCAUAAUAAUACACAACAAGACGAAUUCAUCAAAUCACUCCAGGCUAAGAUCGCCGAGCUUGAAGGAUACACGGAGAAUCUCAAAACCGACACCGAUGAAAUCACGGAAUUAAAUAAGAAGAUUAUUGAACUGGAGCAAAAAACAAAUGAAAAAUCAGAACUUAUUGAGAAAUUGGAAAAGAUGUUAAAAGAAAAUAGUGAAUCGUUGAUAGAUACCAGAAAACAAUUGGAGGUUUUACAACAAGAGAAAUUGGAUCUUCAAGAACAAAUUGAAACUUUAAGAGAUCAGCUAAAUAAUGCACAGACCAACUACGAUGAACUCAAGUUAACUACCGAGAAGGAAAAGAAUGAAAUGGAAACAAUUAUAGAAAAAGGGAAAAAGGAAAAGAGACAGGUAGAUGCAGAACUUGCGCAUUUGGAAAACCAAUAUGAACAACUUCAACAAUCAAGAAAGAAAAAAUUUGCCUGUUUUUAA